CUUGUCUCAGCUGCUGUCACUACUGAUGCUUGGGUGUUCACUGGAGGAACGCAUGCUGGAGUUAUGAAGGAUGUGGGUGAUGCAUUCGAAAAAUGGACAUACAAGACUAGUACUGUGGAUAGAGGUCUUGUUCAAGUUCCCGUUAUUGGGAUUGCAAGUUGGUAUUAUGCGACGAAUUAUAGACAACUCAUUCAACAACGACCUGUAAAACUGAGCAGUGUAGGAGGUAUAAUGCCAACAUCAACGUUUAGCACAGUAGCCGAUCGUGAAAAAUUGUAUCGUAAUUGUGUACCACAAAAGAAACCAUCAUCAUGUCCUCUUGAUCCAAAUCAUACUCAUUUUAUUCUGCUUGACGAUAAAUGUGGUGAAAAUGAUGAAACCUGGGAACAAUAUGGAUAUCCAGUUCGAGCCGACCUCACUAUUCAGUUGCGUGCAGAAAUUGAACAGGAAGCUCGUUGUAGCUCUCAUUAUAGACAAAAUUAUAAGAUUCCCAUUAUUCAAAUAUUAAUCGAAGGUGGUCCUUCAUCUCUUCUAACAGUAGUUGAAGCAGUAAUGCACGAAACGCCCGUCGUUGUCAUUGAAGGUACUGGCAGAGCGGCUAAUUUCAUUCCACAAGUAUACAAAGCAUUAUAUGGCAAUCAGAAAACAUAUGUUCCACCAGGGGACAACAAUGCUGAUCUAGAACGAGUAAUAGAAGAAGCUCGUAGGGAAAUCAUCACUGAAAGUAAUGAAAAGUGUUUUCGUGACAUGAUAAGAUCAGAAAAAGGUUUCUUCUUAAUCAAUACCAUUUUACUAUGUCCUGACGAUCCCGAAUUCAAAUUGAGUGAUGCCAUACUUCAAGCAUUAUUCCGAGCAACAAGCAUGCCCAAGCAUGAAAUAUCUGAUGCUCAUGUACAAAAAUUCAAAUUAGCCAUGGCAUGGAACAAGUUUGAUCUGGCUGUUUCAGAUAUGUUAAUCGAAAACGUUAAAACUCAGUGGACAGAUGUUCAAUUAGACAGUGCUUUAAUUCAUGCA